GUAGAGCCUCAUUUUACAAUCUACUUGCUGAUAAAGAUGGUUGUUAUCAAUCAAACGUUCAAUAAUUCGUGAUCCUAAACUUAUUUUUCAAUGUUGUCCCAGCCAUCGGGACCUGCGGUUGUGUUUCACGAGAAUAUCUUCUUCUGUACGAAAACAUGUGAUAGUGUGUAGUGGAAUACUUUUUUUACGAUGGGAAUACUCAAGGAUUGGUUGCGAAUAAAGCAGCCGGAACAGAAUCGUUCCCUGGGGCUAGAAACUGAAUCCGAGUACUACCUACGGUGGACCUCAAUCCGUGUCAUCUACUAUACGGGUUUUGUUGUAUAUCUUGCGUUUGGAAUCGUCGCCACUGGAAUAUGGCCAUAUCUGAAGAGUCUUGACCCCGAUGUUGGUAAAGUUUUUCUGACGUACGUGUUUUCCAUGCCGGCGAUUAUUCAAUUGGUAUGCAGUCCAUUGUUCGGUUGGUGGAACGAUAAACUAACAUCGAUCAGGAUACCGAUGGUAUUGUUUCUUCUGGCGUUCAUCAUCGGUCAUAUACUGUAUGCCGUCGUAAGAGCGAUACCAGAUCAUAGAAAGCAUGUCCUACUGUUCUCACGAGCUCUUGUGGGAUUGUCCUUGGUGUCCUGCACCAUUUAUCGAGCCUACAUGUCAGCGGCCACAACCGUUGCGGAAAGAACUAAAACCUUGUCAUAUCUUGCUCUGGCUCAUACCAGUGGUCUUCUCUUUGGUUCAGUGUUCCAGGCAAUAUUCUCUAUUCUCGGAGAAGAUGGCUAUCGCUUCCUGGGCGUAUUUCAUGUAAAUAUGUACACCGCUGCCGGAUGGUUUUGUGUUCUACUUGGGAUUGUCAAUUUGAUCUUGAUGCACCCAUCCAUCUUUCAAGAUCAGAAUGUUGCUCUGAAGGAAGCGAUCAAAAAUAAUGAAGUGGCAACGACCGAGAAAGUUCUGAAGUCAACCGAGCUGAUAGGCCUACCGAUCAGUAUGAUGUUGAUGGCGUUCGCUCUGUUGAUGUUCCUGUAUACUGCUUGGCAGACCCGGACUCCGAAUGAUUUCAUAUUGAUUUUUUUCGGCGAUAGCACAAACAAUGGUCCAGAUUCACCCGUCAGCAUGAUACUCAGGUGAACAGUGUUGGCGCCACAAUCACGAUAUCUGAAUGAGUGUUGAAACAUGGAUCAAACCACAUUUGACAAUUUUUGUAAUAAACGUAUGAAAAAAACACCUGACGGACAGUUGAACAUAGCAUUUUAUGACCAAAUUGCAUUAUCACCAAUCCGAAUGUGUUCAUCGUCAUUGAAUGAAUAGGGGGUUUUCUGUGUUAAGGCUGGGAUUGGCUUGUUUCCUAUCAUCAAUUCGUAUUUCGAUAUCAAAGCGCGAACCUCGCGCACGUUUUCUACCGGGCGGGUAGCUUAGGAUUUGCAGUUGAGAGUUCUCAAGAAAUAGUUAAUAAGUGUUUCUUGACAGUGACAAUAUAGAGGAUAUUGUUUAAUGGAAUUGUGCUUCACUAAUGUAUACUAGUAGGUCGUUUGUGAUUUAGCAAAGCAACACCGUUGGACAUUCUGAUCGAAUGUUUGUGUUGAGUUGUUAGUUAGGAUAGACCUUAGAUUAUGUGAUAAUGGUGAAAUGGCUCGCUUUGAAGCAAUCGGAGAAGGAUCGUCUGUUGGGAUUGGAAACGGAAGUCGAGUAUCGACAACGAUGGAUAUCGAUUCGUGUGCUGUAUUUUACGAGCUAUUUGAUGUUCUUGGCGUUCGGAAUCGUUGCAACCGGCAUUUGGCCGUAUCUUAAAAAUCUGGAUCCAUCGGCGGCUAAAGUGUUUUUGGCGUACGCGUUUGCAGUUCCCCCGCUGGGUCAGUUGAUUGUUAGCCCAUUGUUCGGGUGGUGGUCCAACAAGUUACCCUCUAUUCGGCUGCCAUUGGUAUUGCUUGUUACUGUAUUUACCAUAGCAAACGUGAUAUAUGCAAUUAUCGAGGAAUUUCCAGACAAUCGAAAAUAUGUGCUCCUGGUAUGUAGAGCACUUAUCGGAGUGGGAACAUCAUCUGUGGCUAUUUGCAGGGCGUACGUUUCAUCUGCAACGCGUCUUUCGGAGAGAACCAAAACCAUUUCAUAUAUGGCCUUAGCGCAAAGCAUGGGCCUUAUGGUGGGACCAAUCUUUCAAUCGGCUUUUUCUCUGAUUGGGGAGCAAGGAUUCCGAUUCGCUGGUUUGUUCCGAGUUAACAUGUACACGGUAGCGGGCUGGUCAUGUGCAUUCUUGGGAGUAAUCAACCUAAUCCUGCUGACACCUCGAGUUUUCAAAGACAGACCAAUUGCACUGCGAGAAGCAAUGAUAAAUCAGGGUGCUGCCAACGCUAAGGAAACUUGGAAAUCAGUGGAGUUGCAGUAUCUUCCCAUCGCGAUGGUUCUCGUGUCAUUCUCGCUGCUCAUGUUCUCUCAUGUGGCGUUUCAAACGCUUCUUUCACCGAUCGCUCUGGAUCAAUUCAACUGGACAAACGAGGAAUCACUGUUUUACUUAGGUAUCCUGAUGACGGCCGGGGCGCUGAUAUCCUGUGUGCUCUUUCUCCUGCUCGAUUUCCUCUGCAAGCGUUUCUCCGAGUCCAAUGUGCUGGUUUAUGGUGCCAUGUUGGCACUCUUCUUCAGCCAGAUUUUGAUGAUUCCGGUGGGCAACGAACCGAUCACAGCUACGAGCGAUGGUUUGAACGCCACCAACGGCAACUCCAGCUGUCCAUCGAUCCAGGAUUGGUGCCGAUGGAUACCACCGGUCGGUAAAAUACAGUUUACCAUCGCUUACACCCUACUCUGCACCGCGUUCUCCAUCGGUACAACGCUGAGCCAAUCGGUGUUUUCGAAGCUGCUUGGCCCGCGGCCCCAGGGCACUUGGAUGGCACUUUUAACAUGUGCCGGCAGUGCUGCGCGUAUUCUGGGCCCUGGAUCAGUUACUGUUUAUGUGCUCUACGGCACAUACUGGACGUUCGGGGUGUGUACUGUUCUGGCGGGUACGAUCUUCAUCUGGAUGUGGGUUUAUCGAGAUCGAUUGCAGUCGACCAAGUUGGUACAGCCAAAAGUGGAGGAGGAGCUUAAGGUACUUAAUCCUACGAGGUUAACUCAAUAGCAAUUUUUUCUCCUGUAAACGUAUCUGUGAUUGGUACUUAUUCGAUAGGCAAUAAAUUUCUUCUUCACGCAA